ACCGACCAUUUGCAUGUCAAAACUGGAACCCACACCCUCCGUACUCAGCACACCGCUCAUCAUGUUCAGACAACUCCCUCCCGUCUUUGUUGCUUCAAGCCGAAGGGACGGAAGCUUCCUCAAAUGUUGAAGCACAAUUAUUGAAGCCUGUGCAUGAACCUCACUGGGAUAUAUUUUUUGGAGUAGUCAGCAGGAUUUUCCCACUCUAAAUGUAAGUUGCUUACAUCUUGCUGUUGUCUCAGGCAGUGAUUACACCGGUCGAACUGAGGCCGCUUGUAGCGAUGGAGUCUUCCGAUUUUUCUUCGCUGUCGUCCAUAAGGGGAGAGUAUGCACCCGGGGAUUACAUGCAAUCCCACUACAAGGAGUCGUAUCGGCUGGCCAUCGAUUGCUUACUGAGCGGCGGCAGAGAAAGUUAUGCCGAGUUCCUCAAGGGAGAACGCACCGGGAGCUUCUUGUCCGAAGACGAGCUUGACUUCAUCACGACCAACGCCAAGCAGCUCCCGCCUCAGAACCCCGCCGAGGAAGACAACGCACCCACGGAGAGCAGCAAAUCGUCCUCCGGGACGUACUGGCCCGUCAACUCGGACAUCGACGCUCCCAAUUUAGACCUUGGGUGGCCGGAGGUCUCGCAGGAAAACCGAGAGACAAACAUAGAUCUACUCUACCAUCCCCCGAGACAGAACAGCCCCUCCAUUAAAGAAGUGGUUCUCAAGCAUAUCAGGGAUGCAAGACAGGUAAUCGGCAUUGUGAUGGAUAUAUUCACCGAUGUCGACAUAUUCAAAGAAGCAGUUGACGCAUCCAUACGAGGAAUACCGGUCUACGUGCUUUUGAACGAUUUCCACUUGAAACAUUUCCUCACAACGGCUGAAAAUCAAGAUGUUAAAAUUCAACAACUGAGGAACAUGAGAGUACGCACUGUGAAAGGCGAAGAUUAUCUGUCUCGGUCAGGGACAAAAUUUCAUGGGGCAAUGGAGCAGAAGUUCAUCUUGGUGGACUGUCAUACUGUGAUUUUUGGCUCCUACAGCUUUACUUGGUCUUGUGGACGGAUCAAUCUGAGCAUGGUGCAAGUUAUUACGGGCCAUCUGGUGAAGUCCUACGAUGAGGAGUUUAGAACUCUGUACGCAAGGUCCGCCGUGCCAGCUGAGCUGUGCCAACCAGAGGGUUCUCUCUACUCCAACGGUCUGCAUGAGGUGCGAGCCUGGCCAAAAUAUAAUUCCCAUUGCAGCCAAACGCUGGAUCGUCGGGACCAGUUGAGGCACACGUUGGACUCCGUCUACCGGAAGACCUGCGAGAGGAAUCAGUACGGACCUUUGAUUGAGCAUGACGUUGGUUUGCAGAAGCACAUGUCUCAAUUUCAGUCCACAGAGACGAUGAACUUCUUAAAAAGGCACAGCUAUGCCGGGGAGAGACAAGACGGGUGUAUCCCGCAGAAUGUCCGAGCGAGAGCAAGCAACUGGAAUAUUACUCGUGAAACCGGAAUUGGGACCAACCACUAUCCAGCGGAUAAUAAUUAUUUAAUGCCACACAUGUACAGGAGUCAAAAAGUUCGUCAGUCAUACAAUGGCAAUGACAAACACGUUCUGUCCUUGCAGCAGAACAUGCCCACACUGGAAAAAACAUCCAAGUCAUUCAUGCGCACAUGGAGGAUAGAGUCCUACCUGAAAAACACGGAUGUCCCAUACGGAGAGUCUGACUAUCUGGAUCCAUUUGAUCGACGAAUGAGGUCUUCCCUCACUUAUAGGUCUGCUAUACCAGAGCAAAUGGAGAUCACCACACAUAUAAAACCCACAUCCUCCGUAGGUAACCCGUCAUCAGUACACAACGCUUUGCACUACUCGUCAAUGCAGUGGAAUCCGAUCGACACCAACAGAUCAAACAAUGACGAAUUUAUAAUGAGGAGAAAAACCCAGCAGAUGUUGGAGGACUAUGGCGGAGGGACUGGCGCAUACCCGUCUUCAUACGCCAGUUUGGGUAGAGCACAACGUGGGCAGAUGGUCACAAACCCUGACCUCCUGACAAACAGCUGGAACAAAAGGCACAGUGUGGCAGAUACCAGAUCAAACUCGUCAUACACGCAGGACUCCUCAAGUGCCAUGUAUGGAGGGUUUUCUAGAAUGCAAAUAGAUCGAGGCACAAGUGGAAUCAAUCCUGGAGGAUACGGGUCAAAUCUCAUAGCGGACCAGAGAUCUGUCUCUCAAUACGACGUCAAGAGCACCAGCACUUCCAGUUGGCGGGAGCAGCCUGCUCGGAUGAUGUCUGAUGUAGCCCUGGAUAGGAAUGACGAGGAUUUGACAGUUAAGUCCAACAGAAUGGACUCUCAGCAAUUUCUAAAGAAGAGCACACAGAAGAUAAAGUCCUUUUUGAACAUACCAGACAAAAGAGAGAGCCAAACGAGAACAAUAGAAACCCCCAGCGUGACGUCAGAGAGCAGCACAGACACUAUAAAAGGUGAGGAUGAGAGCGACAUCUCUGAAAGUGGGUUUAGAAUUCACCAUAGCAACUCAUCCGGCAGUUAUCAAAAGAACUACACGGCAGAUGUAAAAUAUUCCGAACCACGAUUCACCACCGAGGAGCAGCGGCCAGCGCAAAUCUCUCGCUUUGAAACACAAAGUAAGGCAGACAUCGCUGACAAAAGCAACGACAUACCGGGCUGGAAUAGAGACAGGAAAACUGACCACCGGCUCUACAGCAGAUUUGAGCCUUUCUGUUCAGUUGAAAAGAAGCAACCUUCACGCUCUCCAUUCAACUCUCUGGAGAAAACCAAAACUAAAAGUGAGGCAGUGAAUGACCACAGUUUCCACCGACUGGGAAGGAGUCACCAUGAAAAUAAGAUUGGGAAAUUCUUUCAUAAAGUGGGAAACUUCAUCCACAAGAACAAAUAGCAGAGUUUGAAAUGGUGUCUUGCCAAGGUGCAGGUCACGGAACUUUGUUUGCCUGGCGAACCUGCAUGUUACUGUCACAAGUUAGUACCCAAAAUAGUUGAAUAAAACCCUGUUGCUAGUCGUCUUACAAAUACAACUUAAAUUACCAAUUCAUUUAAAAUGAUUGAUUAAAUCACUCCACUUGGAGGAGUUCAAGUACCUAGGAGUCUUGUUCACGAGUGGGGGAAGAGUGGAUCGUGAGAUCGACAGGCGGAUCGGUGCGGCGUCUUCAGUAAUGCGGACGUUGUACCGAUCCGUUGUGGUGAAGAAGGAGCUGAGCCGGAAGGCAAAGCUCUCAAUUUACCGGUCGAUCUGCGUUCCCAUCCUCACCUAUGGUCAUGAGCUUUGGGUCAUGACCGAAAGGAUAAGAUCACGGGUACAAGCGGCCGAAAUGAGUUUCCUCCGCCGUGUGGCGGGGCUCUCCCUUAGAGAUAGGGUGAGAAGCUCUGCCAUCCGGGAGGAACUCAAAGUAAAGCCGCUGCUCCUUCACAUCGAGAGGAGCCAGAUGAGGUGGUUCGGGCAUCUGGUCAGGAUGCCACCCGAACGCCUCCCUAGGGAGGUGUUUAGGGCACGUCCAACCGGUAGGAGGUCACGGGGAAGACCCAGGACACGUUGGGAAGACUAUGUCUCCCGGCUGGCCUGGGAACGCCUCGAGAUCCCCCGGGAAGAGCUAGACGAAGUGGCUGGGGAGAGGGAAAUCUGGGUUUCCCUGCUUAAGCUGUUGCCCCCGCGACCCGACCUCAGAUAAGCGGAAGAUGAUGGAUGGAUGGAUGGAUUAAAUCACUUUGAAGUCUAUUUGUAAUAUAGACUUCAAAGUGAUUUAUCAAUCCUGUUCAAAACGGUCACCAUUACAAAACCUGUAUUAACAAUUCAGGCAGUGUUAUCAAACAUUGUAUGAUAAACCCACAAUAAAGUCAAACUACCGGAAAUCCUGGGCCAUGGAGUGCACCUGCUUGUAGGCCGCACCCACUUAAUUUGUUAUAGCUAUUGGCCGCAGUCUAUAAGCCACAGGUGUACACAUUCGAAACAUGGAAUAUUUACACAAGCACUUUUGUUUAUUCACAAGUUUGCCAAAAGACAGUGCAUGUAACAUGACAUACGGUAGCCUACCGGAGUGUGGCCUUCUCUUCAGUUCGGCCAUUGGGGUCCAUUAGUGUUGGUGGGAUUUGUGUUCUGUACUUUUUUGAUGGCUACGUUGAUCGUCUUCAACUUCAGGGCUGCGUUGAGUGCAUUUCGUCGUGUCUUCUCCACGAUGAACGUGAGCCCACGGUGCACUUAAUGGGCCGACUAAAUGAUUGUGAGAGUGCGUUUCAUUUACUGUGAACUAGUCCACCAUGAUCCUUUUGGCAAGUUCAUUGGUCUGAUGUGACGAGGCUACGUUUAUUGGCUGCAUGAGAUGCUUAUGAAACCGUAAAAUCUAUGAAUUAGCUGCAACAUUGUAUGAAAUGCAGUGUUCAUAGCGUAGGGGGGAAAGCAUAAUAGUCCGGAAGUCUCAGUACUACCCCUUUGAACUGCAAGAUGGACACAUAAUGGAGAGCUAUGUGGUUGGUUUGUCAGCAUAUGGUUUAAAGCGAGUUUGUAAUUGGUUUGUGUCAUGUACUCUGGAGUGCCUUCCCAGUAACAGUUCGAGAUGCUACCUCAGUAGAAGCAUUUAAGUCUCACCUUAAAACUAAUUUGUAUACUCUAGCCUUUAAAUAUACCUCCUUUUUAGACCAGUUGAUCUGCCGCUUCUUUUCUUUUUCUCCUCUGUCCCCCGCUCCCUUGUGGAGGAGGUCCGGUCCGAUGACCAUGGAUGAAGUACUGGCUGUCCAGAGUCGGGACCCAGGAUGGACCGCUCCUCGGGACCCAGGAUGGACCGCUCGCCUGUGUAUCGGUUGGGGACAUCUCUACGAUGCUUAUCCGACUCCGCUUGGGAUGGUUUCCUGUGGACGGGACUCUCGCUGCUGUCUCGGAUCCGCUUUGAACUGAACUCCCGUGGCUGUGUUGGAGCCACUAUGGAUUGAACUUUCACAGUAUCAUGUUAGACCCGCUCGACAUCCAUUGCUUUCGGUCCCCUAGAGGGUGGGGUUUGCCGACAUUUGAGGUCCUCUCCAAGGUUCUCAUAGUCAUCAUUGUCACUGGCGUCCCACUGGGUGUGAAUUCUCCUUGCCCACUGUGUGUGAGUUUUCCUUGCCUUUAUGUGGGUUAUUCCGAGGAUGUCCGUAGUCGUAGUGGUUUGUACAGUCCUUUGAGACAUUUGUGAUUUAGGGCUAUAUAAAUAAACAUUGAUUGAUUGAUUGA